UUUUAAACGAUAGACGAUGCUUCCUCAAGGCCAACCAGCCGGGUCGAUAAUACUGUCCGGCGUGUUAUGAUCCAGACUCCAAAGCAGUCACCUGUGUACUGUCCUGGGCAUACACGUCCGGUCGUUGAUAUCUGUUAUAGCGGAGAGACAGAUUGCGGACAUCUUUUCAUCACUGCUUCAAAAGAUGGUAAAGCAAUUCUGCGCCAAGGUGAUACAGGAGAUUGGAUUGGAACAUUUUUAGGUCAUAAAGGAGCUGUCUGGUCGUGUGUCUUAGACAAGCAUGCUACUAAGGCUGCUACAGGGGCGGCGGAUUUCACUGCCAAAGUAUGGGAUGCAAACUCCGGUUCGGAGCUCCUUUCAAUUACCCAAGAUCAUAUUGUUCGGUGCGUUGACUUGAGCAAAACUGACUCAGGCGCAAAAUUACUCACUGCUAAUAACUGGAAAAAGAUUUCGGUCUAUGAUCUAAACGCUCCUAAAUCACCCAUAUCCGUAUUCGGGGGACACGAACAAAUAAUUCGUCGACUGCUAUGGUGUGGCGAAGAUAAACUUGCUUUAUCCAUAUCAGAGGAUAAAACUAUCCGCUUGUGGGAUCUCCGAGAUAUUCUGAAGCCAGCUGCAGUUCAUCAGAUAUGGUCCAAGGAAUUAUCAGACCCAGUCAACGAUAUUCAAUUCCAUAUCCCUUAUAAUGAAGAUCAAGUGAAAGCUGUGGUAGCAUGUGGAAACUCAAUCCAAACUUAUACGUUUGACUGGCGUUAUAGCAACGUGAUAGAAGCACCUGAAGCUUCCCCAAAAUUCAGUCUAUCGUGUCCAGUAAAUUCUGUCAGCUUGCAUCCCACUGAAAAAUUACUUGUAUGUGGUGGAGAUGAUCACAUAAUAUAUCGAUUAAAUUCGGAAACUGGUGAAAUAUUAGGUAAUAUUCUGAGUAUUUUAUGGUACAGCGUUGUGAUCUGAUGAAUUAAAUGAGUUUUUAUAACUUUGACUACCAUAAACGAUGAACGAAUCUAGCUAAAAAAAAAUUGUUAGAUCCGCCCAUGGAAGACAAGCGUAUAAGUGUAUUUUCAAUGUUUAUCAAAACAGAUAAAUUAAUUAGCGUAUUAAAACGUCGACAACAUAAUAAGUAUUGAGCAGUUUAGUAAGCCUAUAAAAUAUAACUCAUUUACAUUCAAAAUAAUAGGUUUCGCAAGUUAUUCGGGUUAUGUGACCAUCCAUAUCAAUUUGAAGUAAAAUUUGGUUCGCUUGAGAAAUUCCCAAAUGAAUAAACCUGCAAGGGACAUUUUGGCCCUCUACAUUGUGUUAGAUUUUCUCCUGAUGGACACGUUUAUGCAAGCGGUAGUGAAGAUGGCACUGUUCGUUUGUGGCAAACUGUUGUUGGAAGUGACUUUGGAUUAUGGAGAUUGACUGUACCGAAUGAAGUUUCUGCUGUUAAUUGCUCAAAUUUAUCUGUAUCUGCCAAAGAUCACUGUAGCACGAAUUUAGCCGAAGUACCGGCUACUGGUGAUACUAUUAAUAGUUGAUCCUUUUACAUAUUUUUUUCAUUAUGAAUCUCAUCAGAAAUAUUAUUGUGGUUUUUAUAAUCCAUACCAUUAUGUUAAUGCUAUAGUAAAUUUUAACCAUAAACUACUUCUGCUGAGAAAUAAUUAAGAGGACUUUGUACAGUACUGACUUCAGUUGUCAACCCUGUCAACAGUUUUAUGAAUAGAAUAUUUUUGAUAAAAUAUAAAAUUUAUUUACUCGUA